AUGUCGGACCACUGCCAACGCGUUAAAGAUAUCGGGAGCGGCACCAAUUCGCCACCUGCAGCGGACGAGAAGCCAAUGGGACGGGCGUCCGUGGACAGUCCGAUUGACGCAGGCCAUAUUUCUGAUCGAGAACAGAGGAAAGAAUAUUUUGAACACGCAAGUGAUAAAAAAGCCGAGGCAAACAAGAGUCAAAAUGAUAAGAAGAUGGGUCAGAGUAUGGCAGCAUCUAUGGAACAAAGAGGCCAUUAG